GAGGGGUCCAGGAAGGCAACAUGAGAUAAGCGACGGGAAUGCUUUUUGCGGUCUGAAAUAUACGGAUAAAGCUCCAGGAAAGAAGAGGAGACCUCCCCGUGAAUGGAUACAUGGAUCCCCGUUUUCCGUCAUGCAUGCAGCCGGGCUUCUAGCUUGUCGUUUGUCCGCCCCCGGCCCUUGAGACAAUGUGCUGCCCGUAGUCGGAGGCUCUUCCUCCAUCUAGCCUCCGUUUCACCCCUCUGCCCCAUCCUUCCCAGAGUUCCCUAUGUUAACCCUCUUGAGCAUGUUUUACUACAUAUGUCUGCGGCGGCGCUCCAGGAGUGGGACUCGAGGCGAGGCGCUGACCAGCCGGCGCGCCGUGGAAUCCGGCCAGCGGGCGGUGCUGCCCGUCAGUGUGGAGGUGGAGCAGUACGCCAAGGAGGUGCUGGACUUCAGCUCCCACUACGGCAGUGAGAAUAGCAUGUCCUACACCAUGUGGAACCUGGCCGGGGUCCCCAACGUCUACCCCAGCUCGGGGGACUUCACCCAGACCGCCGUGUUCAGGGCUUAUGGGAAGUGGUGGGAGCAGUGCGCCAGCGCUCCCUUACCGUUUCGCCGCACGCCCGACACCUUCCACAGCCUGGAUUACAUCGAGCUGGGCUUCGAGGAGCCGGUCUACCCCACAGCAGUGGAGGUGUUUGAGACCUACUACCCCGGAGCCAUCGUCCAGAUCCUGGCCUGCUCUCACAACCCGUUCUCCCAGAACCCACCUGCUGAUGUCAGGUGGGAAGUGCUGUGGUCAGGAGAGCCCACCAAAGCGCUGACGCCCCAAGCCCGACAGUUCUCCCCGAGAAUCAAGCACAUCAACUUCCCCACCAAUCUGCUUCGCCUGGAGGUCAACAGCUCCCUGCUGGACUACUACACCGAGCUGGACGCCGUCAUCCUCCGCGGGGUGAAGGAGAGGCCCAUGCUUGCGCUUUACAAGAUGCCUCUCAUCGACAUAAGCGACCUGAGCGACAGUGAAGACGAGCUGUCUGACGUCGGAGGUCCUUUCCUACGAGCGGGAGAUGACAAGCAGCAGAGGAGCGCCAACGGCUACUUUGACAAGCUGCCGUACGAGCUCAUCCAGUUGAUUUUGAGCCACCUGACCCUGCCAGACCUGUGCCGUCUGGCCCAGAGCUGCAAGCUGCUGCACCAGCACUGCUGCGACCCGCUGCAGUACACCCAGCUGAGUCUGCAGCCAUACUGGGCGAGGCUGAGUGACGCCUCCCUGGGACACCUGCAGAGCCGCUGCACCCUCCUCCAGAGGCUCAACCUGUCCUGGACCGGCAACCGCGGCGCUCUCACCCUGACGGGCUUCAGCAGUUUCAUGAAGGCCCGGGGUCUCAACCUGCUCUGCCUGGAGCUGGCCUGCUGUCACUUCCUGAACGAGCCCUGUCUCGAGGUCAUCUCCCAGUCCUGCCCCCGACUGCAGGAGCUCAACCUGUCCUCCUGCGACCGCCUCCACCCGCAGGCCUUUACGCACAUCUCCAAACUUAUACAGCUCCGCAGGCUGGUGCUGUACCGUACCAAGAUAGAGCAAACAGCCAUCCUCAGCAUUCUGACCUUCUGCCCUGAGAUGAGACAUCUCAACCUGGGGAGCUGCGUGAGGAUCGAGGACUAUGACGUGGUUGCCAGCAUGUUGGCCACUCGUUGUCGCUCCCUGUGCUCUCUGGACCUGUGGCGCUGCAGGAACCUGACCGAUCGAGGCCUGGCCGAGCUCGUUAAUGGCUGCAGAAUGCUGGAGGAGUUGGACCUGGGUUGGUGUCCCACCCUGCAGAGCAGCACCGGUUGUUUCCAGCAGCUCGCCCACAGUCUGCCACGACUGCGGAAGCUCUUCCUCACAGCCAACCGCACCGUCUGCGACUCUGACAUAGAGGAGCUGGCUAACUGCUGCCCCUCGCUGCAGCACCUGGACAUACUUGGUACACGGUUGGUGAGCGCUGCUUCACUCAAGAAGCUCCUCCAGUCGUGUCCUCGGCUCGUCCUGCUGGAUGUCUCCUUCUGCUCGCAGAUAGAGACACGGGUAGUCCAAGAACUCUCCAACCUUUUCCCCAAUGUGGCCAUCAAGAAAAGUUUCACUCAAUGACCCCCCCCCCCCCCCCACCGCCC